AUGUGGCAGACUUUUGUCAUUAUGCACCCGCUGUCUCUGCUACUACUGCUAUUCCAAAGAACACUGCAAUUCCAGAGGAAUUAUUCUAAAUUCAUUUUACCAGAUUCUUUGCAAGAAGAUUUUGAAUAUUAUUUUGGGGAUUUUUUUGGUACAGGCGCUACCAUAGAACCUAGCAAAGAAAACUUCAAGCUGAGGAUGAUUGUUAUACCUGAAAGAUCAAUAUUUGAUGACUCAUUCUGUAGUGAUGCAAUCAUGUUUAAAAAUAUUCACAAUAAAUUUCAUUGUGUGGAAGAACACUACUUCCUCCAAGAGCCAUAUGAGGAGAUAAAAAAGAUCUGUUCCUAUUCAUUUACAAAUUGUAAGAAUGGCAUUAGAAAAUGUAACAGGAGCAAGAAAGUGAUGGAUGGCUUGUACUGUAAAUUAGAAACAGGAACCAGAAUACCAGACUGUAGAUACCAAUCAUUUUAUAGGCGAGGACUUGCCCUUAUCACUUGUAAAUGGCAAAAUAAAAUUGGAGAGCUUGUUCCUUUUUCUGUAGAAGAUAUUUCAAUGCCAUAUGGCAAUUAG